AUGCCACAGUUUGGAGACAGAGCGUGUGAACUUCACAACAAAAGGCCUCAAAACAUCAGAACUCUGAGAACAGGACUCAGUAACAUGCAACACUUCUCUGACUCUAAAUCGAACAUGAGCGUGCCUCGAUCCCCUCCAGCAGCAGACUCAUACCAGCAGGGCAGCAUCAGGAUGAUCCUGGAGAACGCAGACCUCUGGAAGUCCUUUGACCACAUCGGAACAGAGAUGAUCAUAACAAAGCAUGGGAGGAGAGUGUUCCCCCACUGCAGCGUCAGUCUGACCGGGCUCCAGCCUUUUGCCAAUUACAUCGUCAUGAUGGACAUGGUUCCCGUAGACAGCUUCAAAUACAAGUGGAAAAAGGAUCAGUGGGAGGUCGCAGGGAAGGCAGAGCCCCAGCCCCCGUGUCGGACAUUCAUGCACCCGGACUCCCCUGCCACAGGAAGUCACUGGAUGAAGCAGUCGCUCUCUUUCCUAAAGGUGAAGCUCACCAACAACACCUUGGACCAGCACGGCCACAUCAUCCUGCACUCGAUGCACCGCUACUUCCCCAGGUUCCAUGUGAUACAAGCAGACAGUCCCUACACCGUCCGCUGGGGACCCUUCCAGACCUUCUCCUUCCCUGAGACGUCCUUCACUUCAGUGACGGCCUACCAAAACCCAAAGAUCACCAAAUUGAAGAUUGACCACAACCCUUUCGCAAAGGGGUUCAGAGAGGGAGGCACCCACUCCCACGGCAAAAGGUGUCGGAAUGGAAGCCCUCCUGCAAAGAGAGCCACGCUGGACAGGAAGGCUCUUUGUAGCACAUCUCCAGACCUGCAGAGGAUGCCCUCCACCUCUCAGUCGGUGCAGGCGGAGAAGGAUGAGGCCUCCGUGCAGCCGUCACCGAAAGGGGGUCAGCUCUCGGCCUGGGCGGUGGAGCAGGACCCGUCGGAGAGGCUCCACGCUGAGCCCCUGGAGCUGCACGAGUACGACUACAGCUGCGAAGAACAGAUGGUGCCUGCAUCCGUGGCACACCAGCCCUACAGAUCUGUGGAGUUCGCCAGAUUCCCCUUCCCGUCCAAUGAUGUGGAUCCAGCGCUCCCCCUCGUCCACCCCCCUCCUCACACACUCUCCACAGCGGAGCACGGAGCCCAACCACCACACACCUACCACCACCACCAUCAGCACCACCAUCACCACGGCAACACAGCGGACUGGAGCCAGUACCCUCUCUUCUCGUACUCCUGUUGGUGAACUUUGACCCUUUGCAAUGGGGACAGCGUCAAUGGAGGAUAAUGUCACUAAGGCCUUGAAAAGAAUGAAGAAAUGCUUUUGUUAUGAGCGGACCAGAAACGGAUAGUCCACUCCUAUGGUUUGUGUUAAACAUGUGUACAAAGUUUCACAUAUGUCCAGGACCUCAUGUGUAACCUGGGCAGAAAUCAGGGUUUUCUAAAAUUUAGAUUUAUGUUCCUGCAAACGUGCUUGAGCUUUCACAGGUGUCUGUUGUAAAUAGAUGAGCAGUAUAUAGAUUACUGUUUGUUUUUAGACGUAUAUACUGUAUAUUGAGCUGUUUUCAGAAGGUAAAUAAGUGAGAAAUAAAAUC